AUGUCCAACCAAAGACAGGCCUCAUCAGCCUCCCAAGUCCCCCACAUCUCCCCCGCCGAACUCUCCUACCUCUACACCUCGCUCUCCCUCCCCAAAACACCCAUCCGCCCCGAUGGCCGGUCACCAACGCAAUUCCGGCCCUUAACCGCCGAAACAAAUAUCCUGCCCGGUACGAACGGCAGUGCGCGCAUCGGUUUCGCAGACGGAACACAGGCUAUUGUCGGCGUCAAGGCCGAGGUCGAGAAGACGGUUUUGUCGAACGAGAUGCUUGCGCGGAAUGAUGGUGGUGCGGGCCAUGAGUAUGGGGAUCAGGAGGGGUCUGCUGCUGCUGUUGGGGGCCAUGGAUCUUGGGUGCAGAUGUCUAUUGAGAUUCCUGGGUUUAGGGAUGAUGAUGCGCUGCCGGUUUUCUUGUCGGAGAUGAUGCGGGAGAGUUUGGUUGGUGCUGUGGGCACGGAUGAGACUAGUGAUAUGACCGGUGGGCUUAAGGGGCGGCUGGUCAUUAAUAAACGGUGGCAUUGGCGGUUGUAUAUUGAUGUCCUUCUUCUCUCGCAACCUCUCGCAUACCCUCUUCCUCUGCUCUCGCUGACGACACAUCUUGCUCUUUUGUCUACGAAGUUGCCUAAACUCAAGUCUCAAGGCGAGGAGGAUCCUUUCUUUGACGAUGACUGGGCUGUUGCCGAGUACCUCUACCCUCGACCUUCUCUCUCAUCAAGUGGAAAGAAAUCCGUCCGGUCAUCAUUUGUUCGCCCACCCGUGACGCUUCUUGUAAUUUCCGUCGGUGACAAUAUCAUUUUCGAUCCCAACCGUGAAGAAAUCGCCGUCGCGGACGCCGUGCUUGCUAUCUCAAUCACGCGCGACAGCGAGGCGGGUAACCUGAAGCUACUUGCUAUUCGCACGGUUGACCCUCCUUCCCGACUCACUCAGCCCGCUGUACCUAACUCAGAGAACGUGAGUAUGCUGGGCGCCGUGGCACCUACUGAGGAUGUGGCUGUUUUGAACCCGGCUACCGGCGAGGAGGAGGUGCCUGGUGUGUGGCGUCCGCGACGGGGAGGUGUCAAGCGCAGCGUCAUUGCGGAGAUGGUUAAGACGGCACUGAAGAAGGGUGGUGUUGGUGAAGAAGUGUUGGAAGGAUUGGAGGGUGUGGAGGUGUCAUGA